CUGUCGUUUGCUGCAUUUAGGGAACUCCUUACCUUUUUAAAAUAUUUGUUCUUUGGUAAAAGUCACGUAAGAUACUGUGGAUAUAGUUCCCCACUUCAGGUUCUGCACCUUCUGCGGUCAUUCCAUUCUGACGAAAGCGAUCCGUGUGCAGUUCGGAAUAUGGUGUCAUUCUGCGCGCCCUUUCGACAUUCCAUCUCAUUUUUUGCGAUUUUGAUAUCACUGAACCAGUAUUUUGUGUACGUAGGCCGUCUUCUUGAUGCACUCUUUUCAUUCAUUUAUCUGUCUGUGGCGUGUAGAAAUAUAACAAAAUAUAACCAAAUUUCAGCUGAUGUCAAUAUCACUACUAUCGCCUUGUUGCCGAUUAAUUGUCUGUGCUUCGUGAUGUCAGUUCUUCUCUUCCGUACACAUCGACGAAACGUCAUACUUCACGCUUCGCGGAGUCUGUUAGUAGAGCCAAUUUUUCCUAAAUAUUUGAAUCUUCAAAUUAACUGCCAAACAUCCAAAUUUCAGAUAUACAACUGGUACUGCGUGGUCGUUCCAGUGGUGAUGAUCCAAGCUGUGAAACAGGUAUGCGUGGAUGGAAGACAAAAAAUCGACUCGAUAUUGCGAAAACAAGUGGUCGGCGAGGAAGGAGCCGAACACUACUUCACUCUACUCAAGAACCAAUGGCGGCAAAGCCAUGAAAGCAGGUCCGCUCACUAUGAGGCGUCGGCUUCAGUGGAAACAGCUUCGUAA